AUGGAGUUGUUCUUAUCAACAGAUUUAAAUUCAUAAUUCCUAACACUUUUGACACAUUACACUAGAUUGGUUUCAACAGGAAGAGUAAAACUAGUGGUGCUAUCAAAUCAAGCAUUAAAAUUAAAUGAGGAAGGCAUAAUUAAAAUUCCUUCCAUUCCAUCAUUGGUAACAGAAGAUGCCUAAAUUUUAACAAAUGUUUUCUCCAUUGCACAGUAAUGAUAAAAAAUAGCAAUAUAGAUACUUAACCAAUAUUUCAUUUACAGAAAGAAUUCUCAUUGGCGCUGAUAAUUAAACAUUAGGGCAAGUACAAUUUGAUGAUAAAAUAAUAGGUGUUAUAAGUUUUCGAAGCACAAAGAAAGAUAUAAGGAGAAGAAUUAGUUGAAGUAUUAGUAGUGUUAAAUUUAGGCUUUUUUGAAACAUUUAGAAAGUAGAGUAUUUUUCGUUACUAAUCACGUAACACUAGCAGAUUUAUUUCUAUAUAUUCAUACUUAUGAUGUAGUGUCUACUUGGAAUGAUGAACAAAAAGCUGGAAAGUAUGUGCAUUUCUUUAGAUGGUAUAAUUUUAUAUAAUAAUUCUUUAUUAAUAGGUUUAAGUAAGUUCAAGCUUUGCCAUAAAUAGCUGAAAUAAACAGAACUUUGGGUAGAGUUGACGUGAAACCAGCAUCUCCAUUUGUAGACAUUUAGUCUAUUGGUAAAUAAAAAAAACAGAAAUGAGAUUAAGUAAUAUUCC